AUGAGUCGUUUAACAACCUUAUCCCAGCGUAAUCCCACUUCUCACUCCCAAUCGCAUUCACCUUCUCCCAUCCUAUAUCCCCCCUCAGGCCCAUCAUCAGGCAGAGUCUCUCCCUUCCCUCGUCCGGGAUCGACCGCAUCACAGUAUUCUGAAUCACCUUUUGGGGGAGGUAUGAAUAGCGGUCACGCUCCGAACUCUUUAUCAGGCCCUGGAAGUGGAUAUACAAGGGCGACACAUGAGGUAGAAGGUCAGAACGAUGAGAGGUUAGAAGGUUUACUGGGAAAAGUGAAGAUAUUGAAAGAUAUAACAGUUGGAAUAGGAAACGAAGUGAGGGAUAGUAAUGUCUUACUGGGCAAUAUGAACGACUCAUUUUCAUCGACCUCGACUUUCCUAGGAGGUACUUUCCGUCGGAUGAAUAAGAUGGCCAAAAGACAAGGCGGGAAUUGGUGUUGGUUCAUGGGUUUUCUAUUAUUGGUCUUAUGGAUAUUCGUCGUCGUUUGGUGGUUGCGAAGGUAG